GUGGAUGAGGAGAGGAGCUAGGUUUCAAAAGAGCAAGCAGACUAUAUGGAUGAAUACUCUGAGGCUGCCGUUCCCCAGAUGGGAGACAGGUCACCAGCUGUGGACUCUGUUAGACUUUUCCUGUAGGAAGCCUCAGGCCAGACUCUCCUUUGUGCUCUGUGGGUGUUGGAAAUUAUUUAGCAGAGGCUCUUGACCUCUGUUCUUCUAGCCAUGGCCAAACACAUUUCACAUCCCCGGCAGGCUGGAGCUGUGUCUCUGAGGCCACUAGAAUGCCCCGCUGUCCCUGAAGCACCUGCCUGAGGUCACACAUAUCUACCGUGCUUCUCCCUGCUUCCUCUUCCUGCACCCCUCCGUAAAUUAAUUACAGUCAUGCAGGUAAACCUGGGAGAGUGCUGUACUUAGUAAUUACUAGUCAGGUGAUAUACAGUAUUUUAUCUCCUUUUUGCUUCUUUCUGAAGGAAGAAAAACGAAUCUUGAUUUCAGAAUGCUGGGCAUAAUUUGAAAGAAGAUGAGGCUUGAAAUCCACAGCAAAGGCAUGCAGUGCUGACCUGCACCCCGCCCCUCGCACCAGGACGUGGUGCCAGGAGGGGGCACCGCUUUGGCUGAUGAAGGGGUGGGACUCUGCGCUGGGAGGCUUGGCUAAAAGGGCAGCGCCGUGCACUUGCAGGAGCACUUCACAAGACCGGCUUCUAGUGGAUUUGACAAGACUUGUGGUAUCAGCAACCUGACUGCUUUGCAGCUGACUGAAUCCUUGGUGCCAGAAAUCGGUGGUGGCAAGACUCGAAACAGACACACCAGUCAACAUGAGCACGGCAGGCAAAGUUAUUAAAUGCAAAGCAGCAGUAAUGUGGGAAGCCAAUAAAUCAUUUUCGAUUGAAGAAGUGGAAGUUGCCCCACCGAAAGCACAUGAAGUUCGCAUAAAGAUUGUGGCCACAGGGAUCUGUCGCUCUGAUGACCAUGUGAUAACUGGUGGGCUGGUUAUGCCUUUCCCAAUAAUUCUUGGGCAUGAAGCAGCUGGUGUUGUGGAGAGUGUUGGGCAGGGAGUAACUUCGGUCAAACCAGGAGACAAGGUUAUUCCACUCUUUGUUCCACAGUGUGGGGAGUGCAGCAGUUGCUUAAGCACCAAGGGUAAUCUGUGCAGUAAAAAUGACAUUGGUUCAGGUGCUGCAUUAAUGCCUGAUGGCACCAGUAGAUUCACCUGUAAAGGAAAAGCAAUUCACCAUUUUAUUGGUACAAGUACAUUCACUGAAUACACAGUGGUGCAUGAAUCUGCUGUAGCCAAAAUCGAUUCCGCUGCUCCUCUGGAAAAAGCAUGUCUAAUUGGCUGUGGAUUUUCAACUGGUUACGGGGCUGCCGUGCAGACUGCCAAGGUGGAACCAGGAUCUACCUGUGCCAUCUUUGGCCUUGGAGGAGUUGGCCUCUCUGUUGUCAUGGGCUGCAAGGCGGCUGGAGCUUCCCGCAUCAUCGCCAUUGAUAUCAAUAGUGACAAGUUUGCCAAGGCCAAGGAGCUGGGAGCCACCGACUGCGUCAACCCUAAAGAUUUCAAGAAGCCUAUUCAUGAAGUGCUGAUUGAGAUGACCGGCCAUGGUGUGGACUACUCCUUUGAGGUCAUUGGCCGUACCGAAACCAUGGCUGCAGCCCUGGCUUGUUGCCAAUACAACUAUGGAGUCAGUGUGAUUGUGGGAGUGCCUCCUGCAGCACAAAAACUCACUUUUGACCCCAUGCUCCUCUUCACUGGUCGCACCUGGAAAGGGUCCGUCUUUGGAGGCUGGAAGAGUAAAGAUGCAGUCCCUAAACUCGUCGCUGACUACAUGAACAAAAAAUUUGUUCUGGAUCCAUUAAUAACCCACACACUUCCUUUCACUAAAAUCAAUGAAGGAUUUGAUCUGCUAAGGACAGGGAAGAGUAUUCGCAGUGUCCUGCUGUUUUAGGAUUCCCAACUGGUAAGCAGCAGAUGGCUCACCAGUACAAACUAGUACAAACUUCAUUGUCCUCCAAUACAGCUGAUGCAAAAUACAAACCAAGACAUUUCUGAAAGGUCUACCAUCAUUAAAAGGAUCAAGCUCAAACCCCAAGCUUCAAACACAGCAUUUAUAAGUGAAAUAAUGUUUUUCCUCCUACCUCUUUCUCCUCAUGCUUGCUUUAAAUCCUCUGUAUUGUGCUGCAGUUUUCUCUCAAUAGCCAGUCAUGAAUCACAGGAUUUGCUGCUGUCACAGGUGUUAUGAAAGGUUUGGAUUUUUUUAAAAUAGCUUUUAAUAUGCAAUCUUCUAAUAAAAGAAAAAUGAAGGAAAUUGUUUCUUUGGGCCUUCAUAACACUGCAAGAUUAACAGAUUUGUGCAUGCAGCUCAGCACAGUAAAACUCUAGGUCAGAACUGUGUAUCCAUCCUGAAUUAUUUUUGCAUUCCACUACCUGAUAAGCAACAAAAUUACUGCAGAGAUUAAAAUUUAAGGUGACCAUGUGUUUGAAUUAAUAAUUUCAGUAAAUGGUAUUUAAGUAAAUUAUAGACUUAGGUACUGGAGAAUGUCUCACCACUGGAUAUUUUACCAAAUUAACACUUCCAAGCAUUUUAUAGAAAUCUGCUGUAGUGGUGUUCUGUGUUGUGGUUUGUUUGUUUUCUUUUACAUUUGUAUCUCUUUUCUUCGGGAUGUUUAGUUGUUUUAUCAGCAUGGUUUUAGAUCUUUGGCUAAUUUAUACAAGUGCAUCUGAUGCUUGGGAAACAACGUGAAGAAAUAUAAAUGUGCAUGAAGUAUUGUUAUUUGUUUCCAUUAAAUAAAGGGCAGGUUUCUUAACCUUUAAGUGUGAACUCAGAGUAAAUGGGAAGAAACAGGUGACUGGUAAAAGUUUGCAAGAAAUCAAACAUAAAGCAUCUUACUGAUUUCUGCAUUUAUAACGUGGAAGCAGGAACAGAGGCUAUUUUUGCCUUGGCAAAUACGGUCAACAAUGACUUACCUUUUGAAAAUACUAAUCAGAGCUGCAGGCACUCGUGUGCAUGGUAGCUGGGCAAAAGAGCCUGUGAAAUAAGGGGACUGUGUGCUAAUGAUGACUUGUGUGUGUCAGCAGAAAGAGUCCUUGAGCAGUCCAGCUGGGUUAAUGAUUUGAACAUGUUUACCAAGGGAUUAGACUUUAACAGAAAAGAUCCUUUAACAUGGGUGUGUAUAAUAAACUCAAUUUACACAGUAA